AUGUCCUCUCGUUCUUCUCCCCUCCUCCCCACCACAAUCUGGCCCUGUAAACCCGCCUCCUCCUUCAAACGUCUCACGGUGCACCACCUCACCCUCUCCACCGCCACCGCACUCUUGUCCUCCCCAUCUUCCACAGACUCGAAAGGCGACACUCUCUUCUCAUAUACUCACCGUGUCUUCGCACAUAUCCUCGAAGACGGACGGACGCAUUCUCAGGAACUCGCGCCGGGGGAGACUUGGGAAAAUUAUACACGUGAGACGUUCGAGGCGUAUCUCUGGGCUGCGGAUGUGUUUAUUGCGAUCGGGAGCGAUGGAGGUGAUGAAGAAAUGAAUGAGGGAGGGAAGGAAGAAGGAAUUGAGAUUGGAUUGGAUGUCGAGGAGGCGAGGAAAGGAAGGACGUGGGAGGACUGUCUUGCGGGAUGGUAUAAUGUCAAGCCAUAUCAUAUUGGGCGAGCUUCGCAUAAUUGCAACGGCGGCUUUGUCGUCCCUCCAACCAAACGACAACAAGGCUACGCCAAAGUCCUCGGGAAAUCGUACCUGCAUUACGCUCCGAGACUGGGCUUCCGAGCGAGCGUGUUUAGCCACGUAUACGCCAAUAAUCUAGGUAGCAUUAGGACCUGGGACUCCCUAGGCUUCACCCGUGUGGGCCGUGUCCCCCGCGCAGGUAGGCUCCGUCGUGCAGAUGGAAAGGGCGAAGAAUGGGUCGAUGCUAUUGUGUUUUACAAGAGCCUCGUGGCGGAGGAGGAAUGGGAUACUGUUGCUCCCGUUAUUGUGUCGCAGUAG